CGUCAAAUCUGAAAGUUUUAUUAAAAAUUUUUUGUGGAAACGAAAAGGUGUUGGUUCUUUAUCACGUAAACGGGUAAAUAAAUAAUAAUCACGUGAAUUUUUAUUAGUGCGAUUAAAGCGAGAAGGGCCCCCCUUUGUAUCCCCAAUUAAUGUUCGGAAUAAAGCGAUUAUGAGCGACGAAAUUCGGCCAUGUUGUGUUCAUUGAAAAUAAAAGUGUAGUGUCAUCAGGGCCAGGAAAAAUAUCUCUUAUUUAGACUACGUAAAUUGUGUACAUACCUAAUUAAUCAUUUAUUAAGUUUCGAUUUAAGUCGUAUAGCAACACUUCGCUUUAUUAGACGCCACCCCAAAAAAUUGUCAGCAGGAAAUUGCUAUAAGCAAUAACUUUUGGCCUAACCAGAGUUCUACAAACAGCUUCAAUAUGCGUAGGGGCUCGAACGAUAUGCAAGUGAAUGUGGCGGGGAUCCGGCGAAAUAUCAAAAAUUUCGCGCACAACUACUCGGAUGCCCAGAAGAAGGUGAGGGAGGCGACCUCGAACGACCACUGGGGCCCCUCUAGCACUAUAAUGGCCGAAAUCGCCGAUCUCACUUACAAUGUUGUUGCCUUCAGUGAAAUUAUGCAGAUGGUAUGGAAACGCCUAAAUGAUCACGGUAAAAACUGGAGGCAUGUGUAUAAAGCCUUGGUUUUGCUUGAAUAUCUUAUCAAAACCGGGUCGGAAAAAGUUGGGCAGCAGUGCAAGGAAAACAUUUAUGCUAUACAGACCUUAAAAGAUUUCCAGCAUAUCGAAGAAGGUAAAGAUCAAGGGCAAAAUGUGAGGGAGAAGGCCAAACAGCUGGUGAACCUGCUGAAGGACGACGAAAGACUGAAAAACGAAAGGGCGAGGGCCCUUAAGGCGAAAGAACGGUUCGCUCAGAGCGCCAGCGGGUUCGGGAGCGAUGGCGGUCUCGAUACGCCGACCAGUCCCCGAUAUCCGGCCUUCAGGAGCAGCGAUUGGAACGAAAGCGGUGAAUCCGCGGAAUUACCGAGAGACAUAGAAAUCGCGCGACCGCAAACCGCCGGCGAAGAAGAAUUACAGCUGCAACUGGCCUUGGCUAUGUCCAGGGAGGAGGCGGAACAGGAGGAACAGAAGAGGAAGUCCGAUGACGUUAGGUUGCAGUUGGCUCUUAGUCAGAGCCAACAAGAUUUCAAAAAAUCGCAAGAUAAAGUGCACAAAAGCCACUUGGUGGACCUGCUGGACGUCAAUUUGGGCGGAGACCCCACCCCCGUUGACCCUUGGGGCAUGCCGCAGCCCCCUCGGCCACAGCAAUCGUCCCCGUGGCAAUCGUCGUCGUCGCCCCAGCAUCCGCCCCUGGGGGCGCCGCUCUCGGCGGACCCCUGGCAACCGGCCUCCGCCCCCCAGUUGCCUCCUCCGGCCGCCCCCAGAGCGGACCCCUGGGGGUUGCCGGCGGGGGGCGGUGCUGCAGCUGCCGCCGUCGCCAAUCCCCUUUCGAGCCUAUCGCCGGUUAAUAAAUCCGCCGGCACGGUUAAGGAUCCUUGGUCGCCCACUAGCCCCGGUUCGUCCACUGAUAUGGACGAGUUUGAUAUUAUUACGAAUAGAAACCGACCUACGUCCCCGCUAAAAACCAACGGCAACACCGCGACCGACCCGUUCGAAUUAAACCUUUUGGGGGACGCGUUGCCGCCCGUUCCCGGUUCCAGUCCGACUACGAACGUCGGUUCGAAAAAGACGCCCCAAAGUUUCCUGGGAGAGAACUCGGCCUUAGUCAAUUUAGAUAAUUUAGUUACCACAACUAAACCGAACAAUCCCGCUUUGCCGGCGAACCCGUUCUCGGAUCCAGCAGUGCCUCAACCACCGCCGGCGGUCAACCGGCAAAUUUUCAAUCCGCAACCGCCGAAACCGUCGAUCAACGAGAUCAAGCAACAGUCGUUUGCGCAAUUCGGGGCGGCCGCUCCGCCCCCGCAGCCUACUUUGGCCGGCUUUGGGGCGGCACCGGUUUUCGGGACUAGUAGUACGACCGGUCAAUUUUCGGCAGCGUAUCCGACGAAUGGCGCGUUCAAUGCCCCCCCGUCGGAUCCUUGGACCCCUGUGCCCAGUAAUACGACGUUAAACGGUAACGGUAACGUCGCCGCCCCUUGGAUGAAGGCCAACGAGCCGCCCAAUCCGUUUUUAUCUUAACGUACAAAGAUCGAGCAAUAAAACAACUACCAGACAAGAAGAAAGACGAGAAAAAAACACACACACGAAAAUGUUUUCAGAUGGUGCAAAACUAUAAUAUAUAAGUAGAUGAAUAUAGUGGCUAGCUUUCCGUUGAACUUAUUUUUAUACAUACGCGCCCCCUUCCCUAUUAUUACCCUUUUUUUAAGGGUAUUUUUACCUCGUUUAAAAAUAAAAAGGGGGAGGGUCAAAGGGUUUGGACCAUUCAAGACAGUCUAGACAUUAUGUAAACGAAACCCAAAUUUUGCUCAUUAAAGUUUCCAACCACCAACAUAAAAGAAAACGAGGGGCUUUCGAUCGAACAUUAUGUAAUAUCCGUCGCAAUACUAUAGACUGAUAGUGAUUCAUUUUAUUUUUUUAAUUAUUAAGGCGAAAAUGUUCAUUUGCACGCGGUUAUUGCCUAUUUUCGUUUGCCACCGUGCACUUCUGGACUUCACCCGGAGGGCUUCUUUAAGGGGCAGCCUGUAAUAUGAUUUUCAUUAAUAUUACAAAAAUUAAAUAAUUUAAGAUUUAUAUAGUUUGUUACUUUAUAAUUAUUAAUAUGAUGUUUUGUUGUUUAAUGUAAAAAAAAAUAUUAUUUUAAUAUAUUCUUUGUAAUUAUUA